AUGGGUUCAGUCGAAGAGUCACGGUUCACUGCCCCGCCUCAGGUCGUCUCCGCAGGCGGCUUACUUUUCGAUUUUGAUGGCACCGUCAUCGACAGUACAGAGGCAGUGGUGAAGCACUGGCACAAGCAGGCGGCUUUCAUGGGUGUAGAUCCUAAUACAAUUCUUGCAACGUCACAUGGCCGACGGAGUAUCGACACCUUUCAGAUCUAUGACCCCUCCAGGGCUAACUGGGAAUACAUCAGUCACCAGGAGGGGCUGAUACCCAAAGAAUUUGGGCAAAAUGCCGUGGAAAUACCAGGAGCCCGUAAGUUGCUGGCGAAUCUUGAGAGCGUCAAUGCACCUUGGGCAGUCUGUACUUCGGCUACGCGAGCUCUGCUCGACGGAUGGAUCGAGAUCCUCCAACUGGCACACCCCCGCUGCAUUGUAGUGGCAGAAGACGUUGAGCAAGGCAAGCCCCAUCCCGACUGCUACCUGCUUGGCCGCAAACGACUGGGGCUGCCCGAAGACGCUCACAUGAUAGUAUUUGAGGACGCUCCUUCGGGAGUCCGUGCGGGUAAAGCUGCUGGUUUCAAGGUCGUUGGACUGACUACGACCCACACCAUUGAACAAGUCCAAGCAGCAGGCGCGGAUUGGAUUGUCCAAGACCUAAGCAGUGUAACCCUGAAGAAAUUCCACGAUGGGGUGGUACAGAUCGAGAUCAACAACUCCUUGGUCAGUGCGUGGGAGCAGUGUCAUGACGAAUAG